GUUGUUUGUACAGACGGCAUGGAUCCCUUCUGAAUUAGGAUGUUGGCAUGUCUUAUCCGCAAUGGAGACAGACCGUCGUGUGGUCGUUUUCAUUGGCGACUUCCUCCGGUGCCAUUUGUCAGUUCACACAAUAGCAGGCUGACGAAAAGCAUCCAAGGAGGUGCAGACAAUAAAGACGACUCACCGGGACGCGCAAAAGCAAAGACAGAAGACAAAAACAGAAGCACUCGAACUGACAAACCAUGAAUCCGCAACGCAGCGAGUCACAACACCUCACAGUACUGCAAAGCACAAAUCCUCCACACACAACUUGUACACCUCGCCUUCGCGCCUCGCCUUCGCUUCGAGUCGAACUUUGGCCAGCACACCACCUCUUGGUAGGGAGGUGUACAUCAACGUCAAUUGAAAUCAAGGGCACAUACACACACUCUCUCCCCUUCAUCACACACGCGGUGAUGUCUGACGUGUCUCGUCCUUUUUCUUCUUCUCCUUGAUGCCUUUCACGACAAGGGCCACAGAGACAUACUGAAAACGCCAAUCCACAGUGCCUUCGUUGCCUGCAUAGCGCACGUAAGGCAGACGCAUGACGCAGUUGUACCCAAGAUGGCCACGAAGGCCUGGAACGCUCUUCUGUCCUGCAGGGCCAAGCUGGUAUACAAAGCUCGUCUCUGGCGGCAAAUCCAGCCUUUCAUACGGGUAUUGUUCCUGCCAUGUGUAUCUCUCGUCACAUCGCCCCAGAAGAUAAAGAAGGUCCUGAGCACCCGACGGGACUCCAGCAUCAGCACUUCGAGCCGCAUCCCACUUGUCCAUAGCGUCCGGGUCGAGCAGCAUUUGCGCAAUUUCUGGCAAUGCCUCUUCAUGGCCCGACCAUCCCACAAUCGCACGGUAGUUGGUCAGCUUUUUGCCAGCCUCGUGUGCGAGGUCAGCUUUUGUCUUGAAGUUGUUGCUGCUUUUUUUGGUCCACUCUUUUCGAUAGAAAUCAGCAAUCUUCCUCACGUCGUCGGCCAGGGUUUGGUCGACGACGCUGAACCACGGAUCCUCGUCAAAGUCCGCAUAGGCGCUGAGUAGAUGGAUUUCGCAAUCGAAGAAUUGCGACAGCAACUGAUAGAGGGCGCUGUCGAUGCCCUUCAGGUGGCGGGGUGUCAUGCUCGACAAGGUGUAGUCAUGGCUAAGUUGAAACACCCACGAUUCAUUAGCCUGAGAAACCACAGAGCAAAAGACAGGAGCGGACGAUCGCCUGUCUGUCUGUCUGUCUGUCUGUCUGUCGGGCUGGCUGACUGUGUGUGUGUGUGUGUACCUGUGAAGAAGUGAAGUGUUCUCGCAUUCCAUCCACCAACCGCUGCAACGGAGGAGCGAGCGGCCCGUUCUUCUUGAACCUUUUCAUAGACCCCUGUCGUCGUAAGUUGUAGGCCAGCACGAGACGAUAGCCGGAGGUCACGGGCUUGACGCUGUGGACAACGUCGGAGAAGAAGGCGAUCCACCGACACUGCUGGCGAGCCAGCGAUGUUUUCGUCUCUUUGUUGAAGCUGUCGCCAUCGAAAUUCCCCCCGUCAUGCAGCAAGAAGUCGCCUCCAUUGUAUUUGGUCGGCAAGAAGAUGAGCAGCGAGCCAAAGUGGUCAUCUGACCGCUGAGUGUCCUUGUGCACCUCAAAGAAAUCCCCUUUGCCGUAGAUGAGCAUCUUAUAGAAGUCAGCCUGGACGCGGCUCGUCGGUGACAUCUGCUCCUCCAGGUGUCUGCAGAUGUCCUCAACCACCCUGGUCCAGUUGGCAUCUCUUGCCUUGAGCGUCACUUUGUCUCCCGCCACCUCCCUGGACUUGCGUGCCUCCAAAUCCAUCAGUGUUUGGUUCCCCUUGCCGACGGGAGACUGGGAUGUGUGCGUAUCAUAUAGCUCCCUCAGUUCAGACGACUGCAGCACACACACACGUAGCCGGCAGAAGAUACGUCAAAUAACUUGGGUCAAUCGUCACUUCCUCAGUCUAUGGCGCUCACCGAGAAGGGGGCGUCUGUGAUCGUCUCGCAGUCGGGUUCGAGUGUCCAUGAGGGCCCGUGGAUGGACGGCAGCAGGUCCAGGGUGCCCGAGAUGAAUGGCUUGGGGCUCUCAUGCUCCUUCAGAUGCCUCACAGCGUCGCCAACGGCCGUCCACGCCUCCUCCUUGGUCAGCUGCUUCAUUUCCAGGGCGGAUCUGAGGCGAGGUCUCGCCGCCGACAGGCCGACGUGCUGCUGAGGGGCCUGCUGCCAGAGAGGUGAGGACGGGAUGAAUGCACCAUCAGCGACAAGACGAAGCGAAGCCACCGUGACGGCGAGAAGGAUUUGACUCAUCAUCACGACACGAGGAGACGAGGGCAUACUCCGGAAGCAAUGUCAAGGGUAGACGUGGACGUUUCG